AUGUCACUCUGUACACUCCGCAGAAGCAGUAUUCGCCUUGCAGCUGUUCGCAACCAUAUUAUCCCACCAAUCCCCACCUCGAGACCGUUCACAUUCACAUCCAUACGCAACAUGUCCGUCCCCACUACCAUGAAGGCCGUCGUGGUCGAGCAGACUGGUGGCCCCGAAGUCUUGCAAUACAAGACAUCCUACCCAGUGCCUACACCCACUGAAGGCCAGCUCCUUGUUCGCAACAACAUCUCCGGUGUGAACUUUAUCGAUACAUACUUCCGCACCGGCUUGUACGCAUCCCCGAAGCCGGAGAUCCUGGGUCGCGAGGGCGCAGGUGUUGUCGCAGCGGUAGGACCCAACACAUCCGGUUUCCAGGUUGGAGACCGCGUUGCUUGGUUGGCGAAUGGUGGCUAUGCCGAAUACACCGCCGUUUCUGCAGCCAAGACUGUCAAGAUCCCCGAGGGUAUUAGUGACGAGGAUGUGAUGGCUUCCUUCCUGAGUGGACUGACUGUCCUCUCAUUUGCCAAGGAGACUUACGCCGUGCAGAAGGGUGACUGGGUUCUCCUGCAUGCUGCUGCUGGUGGCGCUGGUUUCCUCAUGACCCAGAUCCUCAAGUCGAUCGGCGCAAAGGUCAUCGGAACGGCCGGUGGCGCGGAGAAGUGUGCUCUUGUUAAGAGCCUGGGUGCUGACGUGGUUAUCGACUACCGCAGCGAAGAAGGUAAGGAUUGGGUCAAGUUGGUCAAGGAGGCGACGGGUGGCCGCGGCGUUGACGUCGUGUACGACUCUGUUGGCAAGGAUACCUGGGAAGGUAGCUUGGAAGCUGUUAAGCGCAAGGGGACCAUCGUGUGGUUCGGUAAUGCUAGUGGACCGGUUCCUCCCAUUCCCCUCCCGAGACUCUCCCCGAAGUGUGUUAAGAUCGCUCGCCCCACCCUCUUCGGAUACAUCGAGACUCGAGAAGAGUUCGAGUACUACACCAAUGAACUCUUUACUUUGCUCAAGUCGGGUCAACUCAAGGUCAAGAUUCACAAGGUAUACCCAUUGGAGCAGAUUGCUCAAGUUCACACGGACCUGGAAGGCCGGAAGACAAUGGGCAAGCCUCUUGUGAAGCCGUAA